AUGCGAGGCGGCCGGCCCAUCCCCGCGCGCAACACACCCAUCUCCGAUCACCGCCCCGCUCCUACCAACCUCCCCUGCCUGCUUCGCCACCGCGCGUCUCGUCGCGCGCGCUGCCCGUCUGCCCGCCAUCACUCGCUCGCGCGGGCCGCCAUCGUUCUGCGCAACUCCCCCCUCGCGCCAACACCGCCCGUCCAACGCGGUUUUUUCCGCCCAUCCCUUCCGCCGAUUUCUUUCCGCCCAUCCCUUCCGCCCAUUUCGUUCCCCCCAUUCCUUUCUCCCCCUUCCUUCCCCCUACUGUCCCCCCUCCUGCCCCCCUCUUUUCCCCCUCCUUUCCCAAGCCUCUCCCCCUCCUUUCCCCCUCCUCUCCCCCUCCUCUCCCCCUCAUUUCCCCCUCAUUUCCCCCUCCUUACCCCUUCCGCCCUCCUGCGUUUGUGCCGCAUCUGCCUCUUUCCCCCACCUUUCCCCCCACCUUCUUCCCUGUUUCCCCUCCUUUCCCCGUCAUCAUCCUUUUGCCCUCCUUUCCCUUUCCUGCCAGCAUCACUCUUCCCUCCUUUUUCCCCCUCCCUUAACCCCUUACCCCCCGCGUGCGCCCCCCCCCCCCCCAUGCCGCGCUGCAGGCGGCACUCUGGCAGGCGUGCCACUGCCUGGGCGCCCCCCAGUGCGGCGGGGCGCCAUGCAGGGGAGGCCACGGCAUCACCGCUCAUGCACGCACCCCUCCUUCCGCCCUCCCUGCCCCUCCUCCGCCCUCCUUUUCCCCUCUCUCUCCCCCAAUUCCUCUCCUUUCUCCCUCCUGCCCAAAGCUUCCUGCCCCCCUCUUUCCCCCCCCUUUUUCCCUCCGUUCCGCCUGCUUCCCCUCUCCCGUCCCCCUCUUUUUUUCCUCCUUUCCCCCUCCGUCCCCAUCCUUCCCCCUCCUUCCCUCUCCUGUCCUCCGAUACCUCUCCAUCACUCCUCCUUUACCCUCCCUUCACUCUCCUUCUUCACCCCCCUUUUCCCCUCCUCCCCCCCCUUUGUUCCGCCCCCUUUCCCCAUGCUGCCCCCAGCCUGCCGCCCGCCUGCCCUGCUGUGUGCUCUCAAGGCGCCAGUGCUGCGGAGGAGGGCAGGGGAGGGCACCGCCUCCUAUUCCUCUGCCCUUCUCCUCCUUUCCCCUCCUUUCUCCGCUCCCUUCUUCCUCCUUUCCCCGCCUUUCUUCGCUGCCUUCCCCCUGCUGCCGCGCUGCAGGCGACAGGGGUGCAGGCGGCGUGCAGGGAGGGCGGGAGCGGGGAGGCAGGCAGGCGUGGUGUCUACGGGGCCCACCACUCGCCCUGCCACCACACGUGCUGCUCCUCAGCCCCUCCUUCCUACCGCUUGCCCACUCCCCCCCCUCCAGCAGCGUUGCAUGUGAUCUUGCCUAGUUUCAUGGCAGCACCUAUUUGUGUCCUACUCAGCAGUCAAGGCCGCCAUGGGCGCCGUGGGAGGGCAGCCAGCGCGGCCUUGGACGUUCUGCGAGGCGGCUUGACUGCAGCUUCAGCGUGCACUGCCCUCACCUCCCUCUGUGGAACAACACAUUUCGGCCGCGGAAUCAGACUCGCUCCCUCCACGCGCCGCCUAGGCGCUCCAUUGUUGCUUGGUUUGGGGAUGCGCGACGGUGGUGCUACUGAUCUCGUUUCCGCAGCCUUGGUGCGACCACCUGACGGGCUCGACACGCACGCGACCAACGCACGUGAUUCCGACGCUGCUGACUCCGACGCUGCUGAUUCCGACGCUGCUGAUUCUGUCGCAGCAGAUUGA